GCUUUGAAAUGACACGACCGGUUGAAAGUAAAUUUAAUUCACUUUAUACCCAAAAACACUCAUGAUUUUCACAGAAAAAACACACUAAAUCAAAACGGCAACGACCGACUAGAAGACCUUCCCCAUGCUGAGUCCAAAGAGUGUCCCUCCCGGAGAUGAUAGCUCCAUCGUAAUAGUGCAGGCAGGGAAAAGUUUGGGGAAUAAAACUGGAACGCCACCCAUUGGCUGGAACAUCGAGGGUCGGGAUGAUCAAAUACAGGAUAACCAACUACCAGGCUACCUGACCGAAAUCCAUCUGAGUCACAGGCAGAUCACUAAACGCUUCGUCGAACUACUCCAUCUGUUCGAAGAUUACACCAAAAUCCUGGACAGUGAGCACCAGCAUCAUGCUGGCCUUCCAUUCCGGCUGAGGGGAGUCCUGUCCGAGCAGCUUGUAUUUAAGGAAGAAGAUGCAAAUGUGGAGCUGAGGGCAUCGAGUGCCACGCAGUUGUCGGAUAGCACACUCAGACCCACCUGUGAGGUGAGCAGCCAGACUUCCUGGAGUGCGGAGAAUCAAAAGCCGGUUGGUGUCAAGGAUUUGGAGACGAAGUUGGCGAUCGUGGGAGGAGAAAGGGUUGAUACGGAGACGGAGAAGCCGAGCAAGGUCCUGCAGCACACCAUCCACAUCGAGGUGGAGUCGGUGACAUCCGCCACGGAUAUGCAAAGGCCACCACUGCGCCAAAGGAUGUGGAAUGUCCUUGUGCAGACCGGAGAUACGAUUGUGGCCUGCGCAUCCAUGAUCGGCGAGAAUUUCACCUAUUUCCUGUUCGUUGUCCUGUGCCUGUGGGGUCUUUACUUGUUGAUGGGCCACUACUACAGCUUCUUGCAGACCAAUGUCAAUCAGCAGAUCGAUUUGAAGCGUGACUUGGUGCGGGGGGCCCAGCAGCCCAAACAGUUGUGAUAAAAGGUUGUUCUUUUCGCUCUUAAUUAAAUUAAAAACCAGUGGCGGUUUAGCAAAGCAGAGGCCCAA